GGUAAGAAGAGCGGGUGGGAAAACCGAGAAAUGCCCACCUUCUCCGGACAACUCAGCGCCCACCUCAACCCCUCCUCGGUCGCUGCAAAACCCUCUUGGUCGCUCUGCACGAAGCCAGUGCCGAGAGCGUCGCCUUCCCCUCGCCGCCGCCGCCGCCGGCGAACCCCGAGCUCAGGGUCGCUCGAACCUCCCUUCCCGGCCCCGCGGUCCCCGCUCCGCCCUCUCCCCACCUCCCGCGGACCCUUUCAAACCCCCUGGGCUCGCGGCGGCUGCUCCGUGCGGAAACGCGGGCCGCGGCUGGGGCCGGGGCGGCGAGGCUCGGAGCCGGGCGGCGGCGGGGCGCCCAGUACGGUGUAUCCAAAGAAUCUAGGAGCACCAUUUUCUACUGAUGCAGAGGCAAUCUAAAAAAGAAUAUACAUUUUUGAGACUCCAGUGGCCACCUAAGAAUUGAACAUAAAUGAAGAAAACAAUGAUUUGGUCUCUGUUCAAAUGUCUCAUCAGUGGGGCCUUUCCAGACCAGCCUGUAUACCUAAUCCUACCUCAUUUUGUCAUUCUUUAGUCCUGCUUCAUUUUUACUAGCAGCACUUCCUAGGCAUAAAGAUAGUGGAAGAAAUCACAAAGAUAAAAAUGAAUGAAUUUGACUACUUGAGAAUCUAAAACUUCUGGAUGCCAAAAAACCAUAAAAAACAAAAUUAAAAGGCAAAUUUGAAAAUUUGUAAAAAUAUUUAGUGUCAAUAUAACUGGAAAAGGGAAAUAAGUUCAUACAUAAUAAAAUUUUCAUAUAAAAAGUUGGCAAAGAUAUGAAUAUAUUAAUUAACCCAUUCACAGAACAUGAAAUAACAACUAUUAAAAUUUUUGGAAAAAAAAUCCAAUCUCAUGAGUAGUCUAAGAAAUGCAAAUUUAAAUAAAGAGUUGCCUUUAAAAAAGAAAAAUACAUGAAAUGAAAAUGAUUUUAAAAAGAAUACAACUAACUGUGUGGUUAGACAGGCUCUUAUGCCCUGCUGGUGAGAAUAUAAAAUAACACACAUUUUAUAUAUUAAUUAUGUACUGCUGUGUAACAAGUUACUAUAAAACUUAAGAGCUCAAAGCAACAAACAUCUAUCAUUUCACAAUUUCUGUGGGUCAGGGGCCUAGCAACAGCUUGGCUUGACGCUCAGGAAGGACAGUCCAUAGCUGGGGAUAGUUACUGCACCCUCAAACCAGACAGGAGAACCUACUUUUGAGUCAAGUGUGUAGUUGUUAGCCAGACUAAGGCCUCACAGCUAUGGGCCAACAGCCUCAGUUCCUUGUCAUGUGGACUUCUUCACAGACUUUGGGUGUGCCCCCGUGACAUGGCAGCUGGCUUCUGGCUUCUCUCAGGCACAGUAACCUGAGAGAAAGAAUGACCAAGACAGAGGCCACAGUGUCUUUUAGGACCUCACCUUGAAGGUGACAUACCAUUACUUUGCUGGAUUCUCUCAGUUACAUAGACCAACCUUGGUAAA